AUGAAAACCUCGGCUGGUCCGGCGACAUCAGGGAUGCCUCAACGUGCGGCUGUUGCAUGCCAGAAUUGCCGUCUGCGCAAGGUCAAGUGCGAUGCGCAAUAUGUGACGCAAGGCGAGGGUUGCAGCCCGUGUCGACGAGCGCGUCAGAACUGCUUCUUUGACCCAAUGUCCGAUGGUCGAAGAUCUGUCAGUCACAAAUUCGUUCACAAGCUUCAACGACGAAUAGAAACAUUAGAGGCACUGAACCAGGGAACAAGCAACCAAUCCUCUGCACGGCCUGCACCAAGUAACGAUGUGACUGCUACGUCCGCUGAUAAUUUCACAUCUAUCCCAUUAGAAAAUUCUAGCGAGGCACUUCCCACGAGCCUACCGAGAGCCACUAUUCCCAGCAUUACGUCUCCUCAGAACAUCGAUCCCCCCUCGCACUUUGUGCAAUCGCCAGGCCCCGUUGAAAUCCACCAAGUACCAUCUUCGCCAGUCCAGCAAAAACAAGACUCCCCUAGAUGUCGUCGUAGUAGCAUUUCUAGGUUCUACGGUGCUUCAUCUCAACCCCACGUUUCUUUUCCCAACGACGAAUCUCUUCUAGUUUUAGCCAAUGAAGCCAAAAACGAUCCAGGAUACAUCGACCUCGACCCGAACUCAUGCCACUUACGGGACAGCCUCCUGCAAGAAUUUUUCAAAUACCAGAUUUUACUGGUCGAACUCGUUGAUGAAGACUUGUUUUCACGGCAUCGGAAUGAAGACGGCAAUGAAUCCAGAUGGUAUUCCGAGUUUCUGGAGAAUAUCAUACUGGCCUGCAGCUCGCGACUAAGCACGUCUGAAUCUGUGCGCAGGCUUGGGCUGAACUACUACGAGUUGGCAAAGGAAGGCGUUUCUAAAGCUCUGUACGAACCCUCGCCUGCAAAUUUACAAGGGUUUCUUCUUCUGAGCGAGUACGAGUCUACAAUAGGCCAAAGCUCACUGGGGUGGAUGUAUUGCGGCAAGUUUCAGUACAUUCUCCCUUAA